AUGAAGUAUUUCUCCAACGAGGCGGCAAUCAACUUUUUCCAAAAGAGCAGCAGGUGGUUAACCGACUCGACUCGACAACCCACAACUCCGAAAUUGCGCAUCGUAUUCGCAUUUCGAAAUGUCGUCGUGUGGUUGUUUCUCAUCAACUUGAUAAAUUAUCGCUUUCUAUACAUUACUUUAUUCUUUGGCGAAGCAGACGUGGUUCAAACGUUAGCCAAGCCGAGAAACAACGAAAACGACGCUGUUACUGCUGCAGGCGAAGUAAGUGGCAAGUUGGAGGAUAUACUUAUAAACAUCUACAUGAGGAACGAGAGGGUCUAUUUGGAAAAUAUCAACGUGACUACGAUAACUGUCAAGCCGUAUUUCGAGCUCACGAGCGGCUCAGUGCAAUCCAAUUUGGAAGAAGGGUUCUUCAUUGGUGAUUUAUUCCAAAACUCCACCGGUGCCAAAGUCCACACCCUGAUUCAAGUCGACUUGCCCUGGAGAUUCCCCGCGUUCCACGUUGGCGCCAACAAGGCGAUAUUGAAUGGGUUUCUAACUGCCCAUUUGGAAAGACUCUACUCCGAUAGUAUGAACGCGACUCACGUUGUCGCGCAAGUGACUUCAUCCUUCCACCAUUUGCUCGUGGCUCGAUUUGGAAUCUUUAUCGUUUCAUUCAUCAUCAUCGGCCUAAAUGCCGCGCUCUUUUCAUGUCAGAACCAAUUGCUAUGGCAUUAUGUGGUCCUCAUAUCGCUCUACGCGGUGAACCUCACCAACGUUUCGCUUUUGCUCGUGGUGAUUAUAACCAGGCUCACAAUCAACAGCACCAAGGAUUAUGUCCUCUCGUUGCUUUUGCUCGAGCUAGUCUCGGCGCUAGCUUUCAACGUUGUCUUUUUCAACUUGCACCAGACAAUCAUGGAGACGUGUCUCUUGGUGACGCCCUCGGAACUGUCGUCGGUUUAUUCGGAUAGGGACCGAAUGGAGGGCAAGCAGGAUGCAGAUUAUCAGCCCUCGACUAGCGAUGGCAUCAGCGGCAGAACCGCGACGAAGAAUUUGGCAGCGGUGGCGGGCGCGAAGCAGUUUGGCACGUUGCAAGUUGAGACUAUCUAUGACAAGACGGAGAGACGAUGUGCUACUGCCCCGAUUAAGAGCUCUACUGAUUCGUCGUAUUUGAGUGGCAAGUUGACAUCCACCUAUUUACAGAAAAUGUGA